AAGGAUUAACUUGUGGAGAAAUAUUGUUUUGGUCUUAAUAGCCAAAAUUUCAUAACUUGAGGGACUUAAAGAGGGAAAAUUUGGAUAAGGAUCAGUUAUUUCUUUUUCUCCUUUUCCUCUUUCUUCUUCAGCCCGAUUCUACUCAUCUCUUCCUCGUUACAGCCACCUGAAAGAAAAAAAAAAAGGGAACCCAGCCAUGCCUUGAGGAAACCGGUAGAGAGCUUGAUUUUAUCCUUCUUUUCUUGCUCAAGAACAAGAUUGGAGCCUUGAAAUCUUCCCCCCUGCAGGAAAGCUUCCGGAUCUGCCUUGCUCUGCUCCUUACCGCCGGCUGCUCCUGCUUUGUGGGGGCGAAUUGCUUUGAUUUUCUGCCCUGUGAGUCCCCCUGCACUUGCCGCCGGCCUUCCCCCAACUGCAGCUCCGGUUUUUGCUGGAAAUUGUGGUUCCUGAUCGUUCUGUCAGUUUAGCACUGGGAUCGAGUCUUCGGUUUUAUGCGAGUGAGGUAAGUAAAUUUAUGGUAAUACCCAUACAGUUUUUAAAAGCAUGUUUUGAUUUGUUUUUGAAGUGGUGGUGGGACUAAACUCGUUUUACACAAUUAUAAUUGAUUUGAAGUGAAAUUUUUAUACUUUUCAUUAAAUUGAGCAUGCCUACUUGAAAUUCAAUUGAUAGUCCUGAUGAUUUGGAAGUGAUUGGUGAAUUAUGACUUUUCUGUUAACUUCUACCUAUUUUGUCUCCAAUGUGGUCAUGUUAUUAGUGACCCUGCUAGUGGGGGAGUUUAUAAAUGCUAGCACAUGUCGACAUGUAUUUCUGUAGAGCUGGUUCCUCCUGCCAGUGAGAGUUGUUAAACACUGGUAUUUCAGUGACCCUGCUAGUGGGGAUUAUACACCAGCAAAUAGUGUGCCUGCCAGUGGGAGGUUUAUAACAAUGGCCGUGACCUAUAGAGGAGACGUCUAUUUCAUUCCUGUACUGUAUCCGUUUUUCGUGAUUAUACUUGUUGGCAUGCUAUAAGUUUAAUUAAGGGCUAUCCAUGUUUACUUACUAAGUUUAUCUCAUAGUUUUUCCUUAUCCACCAUUUCAGGAGCAAAACCAAGGACGGGGAAACCACGGGCAGUGACGAGUUAGAAGGCUAACCAUUUUGAGAUUGAUAUAGAUUUUAGAUAUAGAUCAUGAUCUUGUAAACUGGAUUUUAAUUGGAGAUUUUAUAAAUUUAUUAAAUGGAUUGUUAGUUACAAGAGAUUUGAUCUUUAGAUUUUAAUGGUAUCAGAUUAUGAUAUGAUAAGUUCCGAGCCUUAUGCAUUUGUGGGACCCUCUAACAAAUGCAUAGCGUCUGC